AUGGGUGUUUCGUUUUUGCUUGGAUUGUAUCUUGUUUCUGGACAGGAUAAUAAAACCUGCAACGCCGUCGAUGGAUGUUCUCCUGAAAUCACGCAUCUCUGGGGCCAGUACUCGCCGUAUUUCUCGCUCGCGGCUGAAUCGAAGAAUAUCGAAGAUGAUACGCCCUCCGAGUGCCAGGUGACGUUUGUCCAGGUUCUCUCUCGCCAUGGCGCACGGUAUCCCACCAGCUCCAAGGGGAAGAAAUAUGCAGGUCUCGUCGCAGGGAUCCAGCGCAAUGCGAAAUCGCUGACUGGGAAAUACGCCUUUCUCAACGACUGGAACUACACACUGGGACAGGACGAUUUGACUCCGUUCGGUGAGAACCAGCUGGUCGAGUCAGGGAGGAAGUUCUACCAUCGGUAUGAGCAGCUUGCGAGGAAUACUGUUCCGUUUAUUAGGGCUUCGGGGUCAGAUCGGGUGAUUGCUUCUGGGGAGAAGUUUAUUGAAGGCUUGCAGGGUAUGAAGAAGAAUGAUGCGCGCGCGAGAGCGGAUCAGGAUAUCGAGAUUGAUGUUGUGAUUGAGGAGGGGGAUGGGUUUAACAAUACGCUUGACCACGGUCGCUGCACCAAGUUCGAGAACAGUGAAUUGGGGGAUUAUGUCGCGGGGAAUUAUACGCAGACUUUCGCGCCGGCGAUUCGAGAGCGACUCGAGAAGGACCUGCCUGGGGUGAGCCUUUCGAAUGACGAUGUGCUUUACCUGAUGGACAUGUGCUCGUUUGAAACGGUAGCGAAGACGCCUGAUGCGAGUGAGCUCUCUCCAUUCUGCGAUCUGUUCACCCACGAGGAAUGGCGCAAGUACAACUACGUGCAGUCGCUGAAGAAGUACUACGGCUACGGCGCUGGCAACCCUCUUGGACCAACCCAGGGUGUUGGAUUUGCGAAUGAACUCAUCGCGCGUCUGACUCACUCCCCCGUGCGCGACCAGACAUCUACCAACCACACCCUGGACUCGAAUCCCGCUACCUUCCCACUGAACGCGACGAUUUAUGCCGACUUCAGCCACGACAACGGGAUGAUUCCGAUUUUCUUCGCGCUGGGUCUGUAUAACGGAACAAAGCCAUUGUCACAAUCGACAGUCGAGACUGCCAAGCAAGCAAACGGCUACUCAGCCGCGUGGGUGGUUCCGUUUGCCGCGAGAGCUUAUAUCGAGAUGAUGCAGUGCAGUGGGGAAAAGGAGCCGUUUGUUCGGGCGUUGGUCAACGAUCGAAUCGUUCCUCUGCAUGGCUGUACUGUCGAUGAGUAUGGAAGAUGCAGACGUGAUGAUUUCAUUCGGGGGUUGAGCUUUGCUAGAUCUGGUGGUGAUUGGGGGAGUUGCUUUGCUUAG